UUCACGGAAGUGACGUCAUGCUGUCAACAUGUAAGAUGGCGACUCAUCACAGGCAGAAUGCUGCCGGGCGGAGAAAAGUGCAGGUGUCGUAUGUGAUCAGAGAUGAAGUGGAGAAAUACAACCGUAAUGGAGUUAAUGCUCUACAGCUGGACCCAGCUCUUAACCGGCUCUUCACUGCUGGUCGAGACUCCAUCAUCCGGAUAUGGAGCAUCAACCAACACAAGCAGGACCCAUACAUAGCAUCAAUGGAACAUCACACAGACUGGGUCAAUGACAUUGUCCUCUGCUGCAACGGAAAAACUCUAAUAUCUGCUUCAUCAGACACCACUGUGAAAGUCUGGAAUGCACAUAAAGGAUUUUGUAUGUCGACACUGCGGACACAUAAGGAUUAUGUUAAAGCUUUAGCGUAUGCUAAAGAUAAAGAGCUGGUGGCUUCGGCAGGGCUGGACAGACAGAUCUUCCUGUGGGAUGUAAACACACUAACAGCACUGACUGCUUCCAAUAAUACUGUCACUACAUCGUCUCUGAGUGGGAACAAGGAUUCGAUCUACAGUCUGGCGAUGAAUCAGAUGGGCACAGUAAUAGUAUCUGGAUCAACUGAGAAGGUUUUGAGAGUGUGGGACCCACGCACCUGUGCCAAGCUCAUGAAGCUGAAAGGACACACAGACAACGUGAAGUCAUUGCUGCUGAACAGAGAUGGCACUCAGUGCCUGUCAGGUAGUUCAGAUGGUACGAUCCGGCUGUGGUCACUGGGACAGCAGAGGUGUAUAGCCACGUACCGUGUCCAUGAUGAGGGAGUGUGGGCACUACAGGUGAACGAAGCCUUUACGCACGUCUACUCUGGGGGCCGGGACCGGAAGAUUUACUGCACAGACCUGCGUAGUCCAGACAUACGUGUGCUCAUUUGUGAAGAGAAGGCCCCUGUCCUUAAGAUGGAGCUGGACAGGUCAGCGGACCCACCGGCCGCCAUCUGGGUCUCCACAACAAAGUCUACUGUUAACAAAUGGUCUCUAAAGGGCAUCCACAAUUUCCGAGCAUCUGGCGAUUACGACAAUGACUGCAGUACUCCCCUGACACCACUGUGCACACAGCCGGAUCAGGUUAUUAAAGGUGGAGCCAGUAUAAUUCAGUGCCACAUUCUGAAUGAUAAGAGACAUAUACUCACCAAAGACACCAACAACAACAUAGCAUACUGGGAUGUGUUAAAGGCAUGCAAAGUUGAAGAUUUGGGGAAGAUUGAGUUUGAUGAGGAGAUCAAGAAACGGUUUAAGAUGGUUUAUGUGCCCAACUGGUUCUCUGUAGAUCUUAAAACAGGGAUGCUGACUAUUACACUCGAUGAGAGUGAUUGCUUUGCCGCUUGGGUCUCAGCCAAGGAUGCUGGAUUUACCAGUCCAGAUGGCUCAGACCCAAAAUUGAAUCUGGGUGGACUGCUGCUCCAAGCCCUGCUGGAAUAUUGGCCCAGGACGCACAACAGCCCUAUGGAUGAGGAAACGGAGCUGAACCAUGUGAAUGGUGAGCAUGAGAACAGGAUACCGAAAGGAAAUGGUUAUUUCCAAGUGCCACCACACACUCCUGUCAUUUUUGGUGAAGCAGGAGCUAGAACACUGUUCAGGUUGCUCUGCCGAGACUCUGGAGGCGAGACCGAGUCCAUGCUGCUCAAUGAAACGGUUCCACAGUGGGUGAUUGACAUCACAGUGGAUAAAAACAUGCCAAAAUUCAACAAAAUCCCGUUCUACCUCCAGCCCCAUUCUUCAUCUGGUGCCAAGACAUUGAAGAAGGAUCGUCUGUCAGCUAGUGACAUGCUCCAGGUGAGAAAGGUGAUGGAGCAUGUUUAUGAGAAGAUCAUUAACCUAGACAGCGAGUCCCAGAUGAGCGGUUCAGCUGGAGAGAAGCCAAGUGAGCAGAAAGAGGAUGAAGACAUGGCAGUGCUUGCUGAAGAGAAGAUUGAGCUGCUCUGUCAGGACCAGGUUCUGGAUCCUAACAUAGAUCUGCGAACAGUAAAGCAUUUCAUUUGGAAGAGCGGCGGCGACCUAACGCUUCACUACAGGCAGAAGUCCACAUAAGGAAACGACUGGAGCUCUACGCAUCUGUCCACAUUUCCUGUUCCAAACCCCAUCAUGGACUUCCAAACUCAUGCUCCCUGUGAUCUGGCCUGUAACGUUCCAUGGAGUCUUACACUCAAACACACUUGCACCUGUGAAUUCACCAGAUCUCCACAGUCCGUAAGUGGAUCUGGAUGUGUCCUGUUUGAAGUAAGAAGAGGAGAACACUGGGAAAGGGAGUCUUCUGUAAACAGUCAGCUGAUGAAUAGAAAGGGUGGUGUGAAUCAUUUUUUUGAAGCUUGAGAUUAUUUAAUUGCCAUCUGUUUCAUGUGUCAUUAGGAUCUUUAUUGCCCUGUUUUGUGUGAAGUUGUACAAUUGUGAUGCGAAUGACUGACACCACAUAUUUUUGGUCUUCUUCCUUUAUACAUUCCAAGAUGUUGAUUUGCUAGCACUAUUUCAUUCCUUAUGUUAGAGAGAAAAGCUAAAUCAAGAUGAACUGUUAAUGAACUGGGCCAGAUUGUAAACCAUUAAAUGUUUCAUUGAAUGUAAAGGAGUGCAACUUUCAGAAGUUCAUGUCCUUUAGUCCAGAAGUAUAUACAUGUCCUGAGUUGUUCACAACACCCCAAAAGUGAAGCAUUUCUCUCAGUAAUGUCGUGCUGUAAUCAUUGAUGCCAUCAUUCUGUACAUAAAUUGUAAUUAUUUUGUAGGCA